UCAGGGACAGAGUCUCAGGCUCGCCGCCGCCACCACCGCUACCGCCGCCGCCCAGAGACUGCCGAGCCGGGUCCGUGUGCCGCCACCCACUCCGGACACAGAAUAUCCAGUUAUGGAUAAAAAUGAGCUGGUGCAGAAGGCCAAGCUGGCCGAGCAGGUUGAGCGAUACGAUGACAUGGCAGCCUGCAUGAAGUCUGUGACUGAGCAGGGAGCCGAGCUAUCCAACGAGGAGAGGAAUCUUCUCUCUGUUGCUUACAAAAAUGUUGUAGGAGCCCGCAGGUCAUCUUGGAGGGUCGUCUCGAGUAUUGAGCAGAAAACGGAAGGUGCUGAGAAAAAGCAGCAAAUGCCCCGGGAGUACAGAGAGAAGAUCGAGACGGAGCUGAGGGACAUCUGCAAUGAUGUGCUGUCUCUUUUGGAAAAGUUCUUGAUCCCCAAUGCUUCACAAGCCGAAAGCAAAGUCUUCUAUUUGAAGAUGAAGGGCGACUAUUACCGCUACCUGGCUGAGGUUGCUGCUGGCAAUGACAAGAAAGGAAUUGUGGACCAGUCACAGCAAGCGUACCAAGAAGCGUUUGAGAUCAGCAAAAAGGAAAUGCAGCCAACACACCCUAUCAGACUGGGUCUGGCCCUUAACUUCUCUGUCUUCUAUUAUGAGAUCCUGAACUCCCCAGAGAAAGCCUGCUCACUUGCAAAAACAGCUUUUGAUGAAGCCAUUGCUGAACUUGAUACAUUAAGUGAAGAGUCCUACAAAGACAGCACGCUAAUAAUGCAGUUACUGAGAGACAACUUGACAUUGUGGACAUCGGACACCCAAGGAGACGAAGCAGAAGCAGGAGAAGGAGGGGAAAAUUAACCGGCCUUCCACCCUUUGUCUGCCUCGUUCUGAAAUUUACACAGUAGACCGUUUGUCAUCCAUGCUGUCCCACAAAUAGUUUUUUGUUUACGAUUUACGACAGGUUUAUGUUACUUCUAUUUGAAUUUCUAUAUUUCCCAUGUGGUUUUUAUGUUUUAAUAUUAGGGGAGUAGAGCCAGUUAGCUUUAGGGAGUUACUAGUUUUCAUCCUGAGGUGGCCAAUGUGGGGAUGUGGAAUUUUUACACGAGUUAUACAUGUUUGGCAUAGUACUUUUGGUACAUUGUGGCUUCAGAAGGGCCAGUGUUAAAACUGCUUCCAUGUCUAAGCAAAGAAAACUGCCUACAUACUGGUUUGUACUGGUGGGGAAUAAAAGGGAUAAUGGGUUCCAGUCAUGAGUGUAGUUGUUGUGGGUACUUUAAGGUUUGGAGCACUUGUGAGGCUGUGGUACAGACAAAUGUCCCUUGGAUACACCUUGGUAUCGUGUGUGUCUGCACGCGCACUCUUGACCACAGCCCCAGAAGUGGCUUCCGGCCAAAGGUGUGACUCAGCUUACUCUGAUAAGGGCAGAAACGGUUCACAUUCCAUUAUUUGUAAAGUUACCUGCUGUUUGCUUUCAUUAUUUUUGCUACACAUUUUCUUUGUAUUUAAAUGUUUAGGCAAUCUAAGAACAAAUGUAAAAGUGAAGCUGCGGUAAUGAAUUGCUCGUGUCGGCUGCUCCGUGCCUGAGAAGCACAGCGGUAGACAGAUCCCAUGUAUUUAACUUUUUUUUAGUUUUUUGCUUUUGUGAUUUUUUUUUCUUUUUUUGAUACUUGCCUAACAUGCAUGUGCUGUAAAAAUAGUUAACAGGGAAGUGACAGAUGAUGGCUAGUGUUGUUUUCGUGUCUUAGGAGAUUCUCAUGAGCACCCCAAGGAUAAUUGUUAAGAACACAUGUAUUAAAGUUCAUAGAAGUGGAAUAAAAGUUUUAUGAAU